GCCAUCAAUGAGACAAUCACUCACUCUUUGCGUCCAUUGUUUGCAGUGAAUGUGAAGACACUGAAGGAGCAGUCCUUCCGACUGAUGAUACGCCUGCCAUACCUGCGAGGAAUGGCAGCCAAACAGCUGUCAGACGUGGACCACACCAUCUCCGAGCAGAUCCGCGCCAUCUUUGGUUCGCAUGAAUUCAUGACACGAUUGCCGACAACUGGUCUUCAAUCGGACCAAAUAGUGGCCCAUUUGGACGAAUACGCGCACAUCGGACACAUCGACUGGAGGAGGGGUCGCGCCUCAGGGACGGUCUAUUGUGACGCCAACUCGGAGCUGACGGAACUGAUGACUCGCGUGUACUCGCAGACGGCGUACACCAAUCCCUUACAUCCGGAUGUCUUUCCCGGAGUCAACAAAAUGGAGGCCGAAAUCGUGCGAAUGGUUUGCAACCUCUUCAGCGGCGACGCCGACAGCUGCGGAACCCUUACGUGCGGCGGAACGGAGUCUAUAAUACUGGCGGUGAAGGCGGCGCGCGAUUAUGGGCGACAUCACAGAGGUAUCACUCGGGCGGAAGUGGUGGCGCCCGUCACAGCACACGCGGCCUUCCAGAAGGCGACGCAACUGUUGGGCAUUCGGGUCAAGAUGAUUGACGUCCACAAAGACACCUACAAAGUGAACCUCAAAGCCAUGCGAAGUGCCAUCACUAGCAACACAGUGCUGUUGGUUGGAUCCGCUUGUAAUUACCCGCACGGUAUCAUCGAUGACAUCCAAGACAUCGCCAAAUUGGGCCUCAAGUACUCGAUCCCCGUUCACGUGGACUGUUGUUUGGGUGGCUUUUUGGUGCCAUUCAUGCGAUCGGCCGGUUAUCCCAUUCCUGCCGUUGACUUCUCCGUGCCGGGAGUGACCAGUAUUUCGGCGGACACUCAUAAGUACGGUUACGCUCCCAAAGGGUCGUCGGUUAUCAUGUAUAGCAAUAAGAAGUACCGAAGACAUCAGUUCUCAGUGCAGACGGACUGGCCGGGAGGCAUAUACGCCACGCCCACUCUGGCCGGCAGUCGUUGCGGCGCUAAUAUAGCCAACUGUUGGGCCACUCUUUUGCACUUUGGUUUCGACGGUUACGUCGAGUCCACCAAAAAGAUUAUGAAAACUCAACAAUACUUGAAGGCAGAGAUGGCUAAAGUGGACGGCAUUCAGAUUAUAGGCGAUCCACUCAUGUCUGUCAUCGCCGUUAGGUCCGAUCGGUUCAACAUCUUUAGGCUCAGCGAUAAGAUGUCUGAAAUGGGUUGGAGUCUAAAUCCGCUGCAAUUCCCGUCUGCGGUGCACAUCUGUCUGACUCUAAUGCACGCACAGACCGGUGUCGCCGACGCCUUCCUCUCAGACUUCAAGACUGUUGUCAAUGAGUGUCUGAAGACUCCGACAGAAACAGGCGAAGGUCUGGGCGUUGUCUAUGGUAUGGCUCAGACUCUGCCCGACCGCUCACUGGUCACAGACAUAGCCUCUCACUAUAUCGACGGCAUAUACACCACUUGGUCUCAAACUAUCCGACAGAAACAGGCGAAGGUCUGGGCGUUGUCUAUGACUCUGCCCGACCGCUCACUGGUCACAGACAUAGCCUCUCACUAUAUCGACGGCAUAUACACCACUUGGUCUCAAACUAAUGACAAA